CCCCCCCCCUCUCGCCCCUGCUCCGCCCCCUUUCCUCGUCCUAUGCCCCCGCCGGCUGGGUGCCAUCCGCCCGCCGCCCCCGACUCGCUCCCGUCCCACCUCCCCUCGCCGCUUUCCGGACCCCGCCCGGCACCGAUGUCCGAGGACACGGUCUUUCGCCUGGCGCGCCUGGCCAGCGCGCAUGUCUGCGCGCGGGUGGGCUUCCACUCGGCGCGGCGCACCGCCUGGGAUACUUUGACCGACCUGUGGCUCGAGCGCCUGGACCUGCUGGUGUAUCGCUCCAAGGUGUCGGCCGAGAGCUCCGGCCGGACUGUCCCCAACGUCACCGACACCACGCAGGCCAUGCUCGACCUGGGCAUCUCCAGCGACUGCAUCCAGGCCCUGGCCGAGGAGUACCAACCGGAUCCGACUGACCCGGAGGCGCACUUGCGCUUCCCUCGGCCCGAGCCGCCGGUGCUGCGCGUGCCACGCGCCCCGGCCGUGGCCAAUGCCGUCAGCGCCACCGACGGUCCGAGUUUCACCUUCCAGGCGCACGUGCCCUCCAAGGGGAGAUCGUCGACGGCGACCGGCGGCCCGAGCGCCCCCCCGGGCGCGGUCCUCCCCCUGCCGGCGCAGCCUGACCUCUAUCCGGACCCGGCCGGGUCGGGGCUCCUGCUGCCACUGCUGCCGGGAUCGGGUGCAGCAGCAGCAGCAGCAGCAGCGGCGGCGGCGGCGGCGGCGGCGGCCGCCGCCGCCGCCGCGACCUCAGCAACAGCCGCGGCAACCGCGGCAACCGCGGCAUCGGCCGGGACCACCGACAUGUCGCCUGACACGGCGGCCUCCGAUCUGGCUGGCCCCCGGGCUGGCCAGGCCGCGGGCGCCGGGGCCGAUUCGCACUUUGCUCUGGCCCCAGGCUCCGGGGCCUUUGGCCUCGAAGUCCGGCCAGGCACCGGGCCGGGUCCGGCGCCCGGGGGGCUGCCUUCGCACUCGCCCAGCCACCAGGGCGCGGAACUGCCCCCGGGCGGCAAUGCGCCCUCCCGGCCGGCGGCCCUGCCCACGGCGGCCGAUAUUGCCCUCUGCUUUUCGGCCCGGGUCGACAGCGCUGCCCUGCCGCCGGAGCUGGAGUCCAUCUUCGACUCGACCUCCGAGCAGGACCUGCUUCUCACAUCGGCAGCGGCCGAGGCGGCGGCCAUGGCGGCGGUGGCUGCCCGGCGCAGCGCCGCCCGGCCGGUGCGUGGCCUGAGUUCCAUCCGGCCAUUCCCUCUGCAUGCGGGGCCCGCCAUCCGACGCGCCCGGCCACGCCUUCAGUCCUCACUCCCGCCGGCGGCCGUGUCGGCCGCGGCCGCGACCAUCCGCUCCGAGCCCACCAGUGUCACGCCGCCCCCCUCGACAGCGGCCCUGUUGCCGUCUGGUGAUGUGCCACCGGCAUCGCCACUGGCACCACCGCCGCCAUCAUCACCAGGGGCUCCGAUCAACACGUCGAUAGCCCCCGUCUCGACGGUGGCCCAGCAGCAGCAAUCAUAGUGCGUCUUACUGCCGCGCCGAGGCGCCGGGCACGGCCCCCCCCCCCCCUCGCUUGCCAAUAUACAUGGACAUACAUUCACCGAUGUACGCGUGUGCAUGUUUUGCACCUUCGAGACA